AAUGUGAUGUGUGUGUAUAUAAACAGAUCUAAAGCACCAAAAUCUGACGGUCCAUAGAAAGAAAAAAAGCUUUAAUAUCUGUGCCACUAGAAACCCUCUCAAGUCUCAACACUGACACUAAAUUCAAUGGGAGAGGAAGAUAAGAAAAUGGAGGAGAAGAAAGCUGAAGAGCCCCAAGUGAAAUCAGAAGAUAAGAAACCAGCAGAAGAAGAGAAGAAGAAAGAGCCUCAAGAGAUUGUGCUCAAGAUUUUUAUGCAUUGUGAAGGUUGUGCUAAAAAAAUCCAUAGAUGUCUUAAAGGCUUUGAAGGAGUGGAAGAUGUAACUACAGAUUGUAAAACUAGUAAAGUUGUGGUGAAAGGAGAGAAGGCAGAUCCAUUGAAAGUGUUGCAAAGAUUGCAGAGGAAGAGUCACCGUCAAGUGGAGCUUAUCUCACCAAUUCCGGAGCCUAAACCAGUUUCCGAUGUACCGGAGAAAAAGGAGAAGGAGAAACCUAAACCUGAGGAGAAAAAAGAAGAGGUAGUGACAGUGGUGCUGAGAGUUCACAUGCAUUGUGAAGCAUGUGCCAUGGAGAUUCAAAAGAGAAUCAUGAGAAUGAAAGGUUUGUAUAUUUUUUUUUGUAACUUUUCUCAUUUAAAUUUUUGUUAAAAUAUUUCUGAAUUGGGUACGAUUUUUAUUGAUUCCGAAUUUUAAUUCUGAAUUUGUGGGACUACACUUAAUUGGGACAUCAAGUUUUGGACUCUUCUAUGAGUCAUAA